AUGAGUUCAACGACCAAAGCAUGGUUGGUUGCAGCAAGCAUCGGAGCUGUGGAGGCGUCGAAAGAUCAAUUAGGUCUAUGUCGGUGGAAUUACGUUCUCCGAUCGGUGAACCAACGUAUCUGGAGCAAUGUGAGAUCUGCUUCUCAGGCGAAGAGGUUCUCUUCUUCUUCUUCCACCGCCUUCGGCUCCGGUAAAGAUGUGAAGGCGAAGCAAGCCGAGGAGUCUCUCAGGACGGUUAUGUACUUGAGCUGUUGGGGUCCGAAUUAA